UAUUGACUUUUGACCCCAUCCGCUGACGAGGAAAACAGCAUGGCGGUAAAUGUGUGUACUAUGUGCAAACACCACAAGCUUUGUCCUUAAUCGUUGAAUUAGGGAAGAACUGAGAUAUUUUGCAUCGUUCAAAAAUAAGUCAAGAAGUUGAGUAUCUAUUUAUCACGUGUGAUUCCCUUUCGUUGCGGUAUAACGCCAAAUCUCAACUUCAGGAAAUUUAAAGGUGGACCAAACUCUUUUGAGCUGAGUGAGGCUUCCAAGUGAUAGCAGAGAUGCUGGGGGCUGUGUGGGACUUCAUCAAACGCCACAAGAAGAAGUUCAUCUUUGCCGGAGUGGUUGUUGGAGGUGCUGUUUUUCUCGGGAAGUAUGCAGAGACCAAGCUGAGAGAACUCCAAGAAAAAGAGAUGGCAGAACAAUUGGAGAAUGCCAGGAAAAAGCAUCACUUCGACAACAACCAGCGGACAUGUAACAUGACGGUGUUGUCCAUGAUUCCCAGCCUGAGGGAAACUCUCAUGCAGAGGAUAAACACAGAGGAACUGGUCGCUAAGCUCAAGUCCAAACCUCCAAACAAAGUUGAACUGUGGGAAGACCUCAAAAUAGACAGUUUCACCAGAGUGCUGGUAGCCCUGUAUGGUACCUGUAUCCUGGUGGUACUGUUGAGGGUACAGCUGAACAUCAUCGGAGGUUACAUGUACCUGGAUAGUCUGCUUAACCUGAAUGGAGCAAGUAAAGAAGUUGUCCAGGCCCCUCGUGAGAUCCAGGAGAGAUAUCUGGCUAGUAUCCAGUACCUGCUGGGAGAUGGCUUGACUUUGUUGAUCCGUGAUACAAGACAAGCAGUACAAGAAGUGAUCGGAAGCUUGUCCCUGAGGCAGGAACUGUCCCUGGAGGACCUGCACCAGGCGGUGUGGAAGGUGCGCAGGGAGGUGGAGCGGGCACCCGAGGACGGGCUGGACAUCACCGGCCGGUCAGCCAGCACCACCGGGCUCACCAAGUACAUGCUGCCUGAGGAGGAAGAGGAGAAACUUGACCAGGCCUCCAGCCUGUCUCAGGAUGACCAGGUCCUACAGAAGCUGCUGUCAGAGACCAGAGACAUGAUCGAGAGUGUUGACUUCCAAACAGUGCUGUCCACGUGUCUGGAGGCCAGCUUCACCCGGCUGUGUGAUGAAGUGGGUGUGUUCUUCAGCGCAGAGGGCAAUGCUGUGGCUGCAGAUGGGGACUUGGGGGUUCCCAAGGUGACCCUCCCCAUGGCCAAGGUCAUCCCAGUGAUGAAUGGACAGAUCCACCAGAUCUGUAGUGACUCUCCCAACAAAUAUGUACAGGAACUAUUGCUGAUGGAGUGUGUGAAGGAUUUUGCAGCCAAUGUUUAUGAGGCCUUCAGCCAGGCCCAGGAGCCCCCUGGACUUACCUGAGGACAUCAGAGUAGAUCAGAACUAAAUGUACAUGUACACACUACAGCAAAAUACUUUUCAUCAUACUUCUGAACUGUGUUUCUGGUUUGCCCUAACUUGAACAAGUGAGGCACACAAGUGUACUACAGUAUUUGUACUUGACUAUGUGAGAUACACACAUGAUAGUUUCCCAAUUUGUUGUAUCUUUUGCUAUGCUGCAGUUUCUAGGGAAAGAUGAAAUGUAAAAUAUUUUACAAUCUACAUAUGCAAGUCAAGAGAAUAUUUGCUCCUUAUGCCAUUGUCAUCAAUCAUAACAUACACAUUAUUUAGGGAAUAGAAAGUGCAGUGAGCAUUUAAGAAAUGUUCCAUCUUUGAGAUAAUGCUUGUACCAUCUGUAAUGAUCAAUUUGACAUAAUUACCCAUUACUCAACUUUGAGGUUGUAGCGAGAAUUCAAACUUGCCCUGUCCUGUAUAUGUGGAACCAGGAACUUAUGGAUGUGCAAUUUCAAGCUACAGUAUAUUCAAAUGGUUCGCCAGAGGGAUAGUCAACUUAGUUAUGUCCCUCAGAUGUUGUCAUAAUGCAUUUUCCAUCAUGGUUUCUGGUCAAGAGCCCAAGAGAAAAAGAGGUGAACAUUUCCUGUAUUCGAAGUGAAGAUAACCAGCAUUGAUGGUACAUAUUUUUUCAUGGUUGAAGGUCAAAAAGUUACUAAGUAUUAUUUUAAGUAGUAGCCACCAACAUAUUGUAACAUUAUCUGAAAUGUAGCAUUUUCGUGUACUUUAACAUAUUAGGAGACAUUCUGCUUGUACAUGUUGCUGAGCAAAUCAAGAAAGGCAAAGAUAAAUGUAGCCUUUUUACUCAAGAAGUCUUUUGUAUGUAUAUACUGGCUUCCAGCUUGAAGUCAGUAUAUACAUACAAAAGGCUUCUUGAGUCUCCACAGCUAAGAUAGAUGUAAUGAUAAACUGUACACAUCAUUGUAUUUUGUUCUUUUAUUGAAUAAUAAAUGCAAAGUGCAAACUUCCA